UCUUGCACAGGUGUACCGGCUCCUCCCCUCCAGUCUUGCACAGGUGUACCGGCUCCUCCCCUCCAGUCUUGCACAGGUGUACCGGCUCCUCCCCUCCAGUCUUGCACAGGUGUAGCGGCUCCUCCCCUUCAGUCUUGCACAGGUGUAGCGGCUCCUCCCCUUCAGUCUUGCACAGGUGUAGCGGCUCCUCCUCCCCUUCAGUCUUGCACAGGUGUAGCGGCUCCUCCCCUUCAGUCUUGCACAGGUGUAGCGGCUCCUCCCCUUCAGUCUUGCACAGGUGUAGCGGCUCCUCCCCUUCAGUCUUGCACAGGUGUAGCGGCUCCUCCCCUCCAGUCUUGCACAGGUGUAGCGGCUCCUCCCCUCCUCCAGUCUUGCACAGGUGUAGCGGCUCCUCCCCUCCUCCAGUCUUGCACAGGUGUAGCGGCUCCUCCCCUCCUCCAGUCUUGCACAGGUGUAGCGGCUCCUCCCCUCCCUCCAGUCUUGCACAGGUGUAGCGGCUCCUCCCCUCCUCCAGUCUUGCACAGGUGUAGCGGCUCCUCCCCUCCUCCAGUCUUGCACAGGUGUAGCGGCUCCUCCCCACCUCCAGUCUUGCACAGGUGUAGCGGCUCCUCCCCUCCUCCAGUCUUGCACAGGUGU